AUGAACGCAACAUUUUUCAAUCACACCGUUUUUAGGCACGGGGGUCUGCUAAACCGCAGCCACGAGCUCGCGGGGACGCUGGUGGACUGCUGCGCAGGCAACGGGAGCGAAGUGACCGCGAGCGACGGCGGCGGGUCUUUAGUUCUUGCGCAGGACGAGCGCAAGUUGUUCGUUACGCGUGUGGUGCAGAUCGCCGUGCUGUGCGUUCUCUCGCUCACCGUGAUGUUCGGGAUCUUCUUUCUUGGUUGCAACCUCAUGAUCAAGUCCGAAAGUAUGAUUAACUUUUUGGUUAAGGAUCGGAGACCAUCCAAAGACGUCGAGGCAGUGAUGAUCGGGCUGAGUUAG